CUCCUCAUCGCCGCUGGCCGGCUCCCGGCUCCCGCCUCGUUUUAUGGUCGUGGAGAGGGAGGAAAAAUCCCAAACCAGCUGCGUAAAUGAGUAUGGAAGAUUAUGAUUUCCUCUUCAAAAUUGUUUUAAUCGGCAACGCCGGGGUGGGGAAGACCUGCUUAGUCCGUCGCUUCACUCAGGGGCUUUUCCCACCAGGGCAAGGAGCCACGAUUGGGGUUGACUUUAUGAUUAAAACUGUGGAGAUAAACGGUGAAAAAGUAAAGCUGCAGAUCUGGGACACGGCGGGGCAGGAGCGGUUCCGCUCCAUCACGCAGAGCUACUACCGCAGCGCCAACGCGCUGAUCCUGACCUACGACAUCACCUGCGAGGAGUCCUUCCGCUGCCUGCCCGAGUGGCUGCGCGAGAUCGAGCAGUACGCCAGCAACAAGGUCAUCACCGUGCUCGUGGGUAAUAAGAUUGAUUUAGCUGAUAAGAGGGAAGUCUCCCAGCAGAGAGCUGCAGAGUUUUCUGAAGCACAGGACAUGUACUAUCUGGAAACAUCAGCAAAAGAAUCGGAUAAUGUGGAAAAACUCUUCCUGGACUUGGCCUGCCGGUUGAUCAGCGAGGCACGACAGAACACCCUUGUGAACAAUGUCUCAUCUCCCUUACCAGGAGAGGGGAAAAGUAUCAGCUACUUGACUUGCUGUAAUUUUAAUUAAAGAGCUGGCAUGUGAUUGCCCCUUCUGCCAUGGGCCAAGUGGAUUUUUUUUUUUUUUUUUUCUGUGCUGGGAUUUAUCUACUUGAAGGAAUUCCUGCCAAUCUGACCCAUCUGGCUUAUUCAGAGUCAGGUUACAGUCCUGGAAACAUGGCAGGCUGAUGGCUCCAGCUGCAUGGCAAUGUAGCAGAAUACAACAGGGUUUAAACUUCAUUUUUCUUGCAGUCUGUGGAGCAGGUCGGAAAAGGAAGAGUUGCACAAGUGCUUCAUGUAAUGCAGACCAUGAUCUGUUUUGUUUUCCUUCUGUGGAAGAGUAGACCAGCCUUUCUUGAAGAUACUGAAGAGAUCAAAAUCUCUCUUACACAACAACGUGUUUGAUCCUUUUUAAAGUAAAACAAAGUAAGAAGAAACGCAACAAUGAAUGCUGACUUUGGGCUACACUGGCAAUCCUCUGGGCUGUCAGCAAGUGAGCUCUAAGGACAUGUACAUAACAUCUGCAUCUUCAUGGAGGACUCUGGUGUUUGAAAUAGUGUUAUGUCUCUCAUCUUCAGGCACUUUCAUGAACGUGGAAUAAACAAAGUUACAUACAGCAGCAUUUUCAAGAUUGAAGAAGACAUGGAUACGGCUCAGUUGCUCCCUUUGGUGCUAGCAGUUCAGCAAAUACUCCAUAGGCCAAAUGUAGUCUUACCAUAUUACUGUCUUCUGAAUGUGUAACUUAGACUGGUUAGGAAAAAAACACUAAUAAGCACUGUUCAUAAAAAUAAAAAAAAAUCUCAUUACCUCUUUUUCUAGGCCUAAACAUAGUGGGAAACAACUGUGUGCUUCUUGGAUAUCCAACAAAGGAUGAAAAGACUUUCCAGAAAUAAAAAUAAAUAAACAAAUUAACCAUUCCUCCUCUAAUUAGUCAUGUCCUGAUGUAGAAUGUUAGCCUUGGGAGAGAUUAUUGGUGGACUUGGCAGAAGUGCACCAGACAUGACCAAAGUCUUGUGUGUGCAUGGAUGGGGUAUAAGGGUUUAAAGGAAGCACAGUCCGAGCUGGCACUCCGCAAUGUGUCCAGCUGAAAAACAAAACAAAGCCUGUAGAUACAGUUCCUGUUGGAAGGCAGGAGCACAAAUUUGUAGAGGGUUUGUUUGAUGGUCAGUGGCAUCCUUCCAUGUCUGCCCCAUCCAGCUCUCACCUUGUGGAACUGCUCUCAGAGGUGCUCAUGAAGGUCUCUUCUUGGCAUCUGCUCUCUCUGCUCGGGUAGCUUCUAGGCUCAGGGCUGUGGAGUCAUUUUAUUGACCUGAUGCGUUGUACCCUUAAUCCCAAACUCUGGUACAUGUAACUCCUUCCUGCAGAGCCUCUGAAGUGGAAGCACCCUGGAGUUUGUGAUGUUGCUCCACCUCUAGUGCCAUACAAUGCAUUGCAGAUUUACACGUUGGCAUGGAAGCGGAACCAGAAGAUAGUGAAUGUGUACAUAAACAAAACACAUAAAACAUUUAGGAGUUUGAGUUCAGUUUAGCUAACCUGGAUAAAUCUCUCCUGGCGAUUACAUGGCUGUGAUAUGCUGCAAUUUAGAGUUAAUCAAUUUAAUAUUGUUUGGCUUUUACUGAAGAUUGUAACAGAGCUUUUAUAUUGACAUAAAAAGCUGCCAGUAAGUACUUCUUGAAAAAAAAUAGCAAUUAAAAAAAGAGGCAUUUUGAAAUGCUUUUUUUUUUUUUUGUUUCAUGGAAAGAUUUCUUUGGGCUGUAUCAUGUUGUGCCUUUGAUAUGUAAUGGGGAGUUGACUCUGUGUCAGAGAGAGGGGAGAUUGGUUUGUCAUAUGGCCAUUUUUAAUAUAUUUUCUUGCUAUUUUUAGGUAAUUUUUGACUAAUGGUAAAAGGAAGAUGUAGAAAUUAUGGUAUGAAGAUUGUUUGUCAUUUAGGUAAUAUUUAGCAAAGAGCUUCUGUAAGUGUGAGAUGUUGGGGAACACGUCAUCUGCUGCUCUGCUCUGGUCCAUUUCAGUCUCUGCUCAUGUUGUAAUCUGGAAGAUUUGGAAAUGUGUGGGACUUGGUGGCUUCUGCUGUGCUGGACCAUGUGAUACAGCCUGUGCUGAAGAGCAGUCUCUUUCUUCUUGGGCAUUCCCCAAAUUGCCAAGUGCAGCUUUAUUUGAGCUUGUGAAGAGCACCCAACUCCAAGAUAGCUGGUGCUGCUGAGCUCUUAGGUAGUUCUCUAGAGCUGGGCUCAGGGUGUUCCAUGGCAGGUAACACCCAAGUUAAAAAUCCAUACUAUGUGUAUUUAAUUUGUAGUAGCUCUUACUCCCUGAACCUGGACCUGUCAGCAUGUAAUUGAUAACAAAUAGGGCAGGGCACUUUGAACAGCUUCAUCAAGGAGGAAGGAGACUGCCCAAUAAAACACCUAUGGGUAACUCAGCCUGGUUUCCAAACAGGUCAAAGAAAGAUGGCCAGGUACUCUUCAUCCCUGCUGAGUAGCACUAUAAAUGCAUUUUAAAGUGCUCCUUGCAUCACUUCUGGAGCUGGACAUGACUAAACAAACUGAGCUGGUCAAAUAGAAGAAACUGCUGACUUUAUUUUUCUUGAUAUUUACUUUGAGAUUUCUAGAAAUCUGAAUCUUUUCUCAGUGCUUUCCUAAUCUGCAGGUGACUAUUUUGGAGACUAGCUGCCUACUAGCAACCUCAAAGCACCAGCUCUUUUUAUUGCGAGUGAAUCUUUGUGUAAGGACUCCAUCUCCAGACAGUGAUGUGCUUUUGUGGUGGGGGUGAGUGCUGUGGUUGGGCUGAUGUUCAAGAGAAUGACUUGACUCCUUCAGUCAAAUUUGAACUGAUUCCUUUCAGUGUUUGUCUGUAUAGACUGAAAAAAAAUUGAAAGGAAACAAUGGUGGUAUGUGCAAUGCUUUUUACAUGGUCAUAAACCAUGUAAAGCUGUAGUUUAAAACUCACCUCUCUUUCUGCUGUUUGCAAACAUCCCUGUUGUUGAAGAAGUGGUGUUUUCUUGUAGUAAUUCAUUUACUGGAGUUACUUUUCUACACCUUCGAAUAUCUCUGUAGUGCAUACAGCCAAACUUUCCUUGUAGCACUGAGGGCUUAUUUUCUCUUCUACAUCUUCUCUUCAGCUUCACUGCUGAAGUCUUCCCACCUGGAAGAGGGACUUUAUCAACUGCAGAGUCUUGCAAAACAGAAAAGUCCCAAUUAUGUGAUAAUCAGCUCUCCAAAUAAACACCUUGCUAGAUUUUUGAGAGAACUGUCAGUAAAAUCCUUGUGAUGCUUGCUGGAUAAAAUAGCCAAAACCCAUGUAGAAUUGAUGUAACGGGGCCAAAUUUGACUGGGAAUGUUCUCUACUAUCAGGAGAGCCAAGCCUUUAGUGAUGGUGCUGAAUUUGAAUGUUUUUGAGGGUGAUGUAUUCACAGCCAUGGAGUAAUCUUAUUUCUGACUGAGUGUUAAUUUUUGUAGUAGUCCUGUAAUGAGACUCUUUCAUGACAUUUUUAGCUCAAUGAUUAUGUCCAAGCAGAAGCCAAUGCUGGAUGAUCAACAGAUGUUAGCUUAAUCUAGCAAGCCUGUUUGCAGAGAUUAAUAGAAGCAUCUCUGAAAAUCAGAUGGUUCAAACUCUGAUUUCCAGUGGGAGCCACUGAUUCAGUCAGGCUGAUUUUGAGUAAACCACCAAACAUUCAGUGCUUCAGAUCACUGGGUGUCAAGUACUUGCUGUCAAGUUUUGCACUGGGUGUUGACACUGAGAGUUUGCUGAGACAAGUUGUGACUCCUUUCUGUCCGUAUUUGUGUUCCCCCAUGAAAGUGCCAGGGGACAAAAAGCCCAAAUUAAAAAACACCCUUCAGGUCAAAGAAAUAAGAUUGAAAAAGUGAAAUUAUGAGCUCUGUAAAGAAAGGGGAUGCUGGGUGCCUCUUCCUACCUCGAACCCUGAAGUCUUGAUUUGAUCCCCAGGUAAGCUGUUUGAGCAUGCAGUCAGACACACAUUUGUUCUGAAUGCUAAAUGGCUCUGUGAUCACUAUUUAAAGAAAACCACACAUGACAAAUUAUCAGGCAAGAUACUUUGUUCUUUGCUGUAGAACACAUGAAACAGCCCUUAAAAUCUGGCAGCCUGCUGGUGCUGCUUGUGUUUUUUUGGAGAUGGCUGUAUUGGUAGCAGUUGGCUCCUGCUAGUCUAGGUUUAGCAGUUAAUGGCUAUUGAAUUCCUUCAGCAUCAGUAAUAAGAGCAGCAGACUGGGGCUGACACAGGAGACAGUGAUUUGAAAAGAGGGAAAGUCGAAGUUAGCGAUGCAGAAGCACGGUGGGCGCUCACACAUGGGACAACAGGCUUUCCAGAGCUUUUGCUGACAAGGGAUGCAAUUAGAGUCAAAUCCACGGGGUUUUGCCCUGUUUGUUAUCCCUAAGAACCACUGUUUGUUCAGCUGCUUUUCCACUUCUCAGUAUGAAGGACUGUCUGUAAAUCAGGCUGAAACGUUGAGCUAGCAUGAUUCCUACAGUCAGAGACUGAAUUCAGUUGGGAAAUAGGUGAAAUUCUCCAGCUAUUGAAACAGGCUGAGCAAACAUGCAGGAUAUGCUGCCCUUUGGGAACCCGUGGUGCCGUUGGGGUCAGAUACGGCUAGAGAUGCUGUCACAGAAACCCUCUCCUGGCUGUGGGCAGAAUGAAUGCUGCAGCCAUUUCUGCAAUGGAAAGAUGACUCUCUGGAGUGGAAAAUGCAAGUAAAGAGGUGAUUCCGCAUGUUCAGGAAUUUCUGCAUCCCAUCCUCUUUUACAAUUGCAUAUAUGGAUUUGAUUUUGAUUGCUCUGGGCUUUCAUAAAGGUUUGCUUUGAAAGUUAGUCUGAAAUUCUGCAUUAUUUUACUUGUAGAGUCAAAGCACGCAAUAUCCUUAUGUGAUUGGCUUAUACCAACAAAGUCCUUUUUUGAGUUAAUUCAGUUAGAAAAAGGUGUUUCUGGAGAAUACUUUGUGAAUUCCCAGUGGGCAAGUAUGGAAACUGUCCUUUUUUAAAUGUGUCUGUACAUAAGGGCUCACCAGAAAACCAUCUGGAGCCAAAGGAAAUACUCUCAUCAGUUCUAGCAGUGAAACCCCUGUUAAAUCAAAAUCUUUUCUUCCACUUUUUAUAAACUUUGUUGUCUCAAGAAAUUUGGGGUUUGACAUCACCCUUUUUCCUUGCGUCAGUUCUAUCCUCUUGUUGCUGUGGGUAAUAAUUUUUGUAGCUGCUGUUCAAGGAUCAUCAUUUUGAAGGACAUUGUCUUAUCAUGAUGAAUGGUGGGGAAACAGUAGCUUGAUUUCUUAUAAGCAAAUAGUGCAUCCUAAGCAGAGCAACCUCAGCUGGAACCGGUGAUGUCUUUGAAAUGCAAUCAUCCACUUGAGCUGUAGCUAAAUGUACCAUAAAUGUUACUGAUCUCACAUCUGCCUCAGUUUAGGAUUUGUCUUGGCUGGGAAAGCAGACAGCAGGGUAGUCAUGCUGACCAUGAUGCAGAGCUCCCAAAGCAGCACACUGCCUUGCUCUGACUUACCCCUUUAAUCCCCACCUCACUCACCUGACCCAGAGCUGCCUUUGCUGUACUGAACCAUGUCCAGCUGGGAUAGAUCACCAGCUGCCAUCACUCACAGAUGCCAUCACAACCUUUCCUCUCAUGUGAACGAGCUGUAACUUAAACCAGAAGUAAAAUCUGUCUGCCAUGUGAGUCACAGGUGUGUGUUUCUUUAUGAGUGGGAGCCACAUACCCAGAAAAAAAAGCCUCAUCUCUGAAGCUUGCUCCUUCAAAUACAGUCAAUGGGAUAACUGGGAGAAGAUAAUGCAGACAGAGCAAAAAAUGAGAGGGCAAUGCAUGUAAUUUAGGCUGUAAAUGUCAGUGAAAAGUUAGACUGGUUUUAAGAGCACAGCCAGGGUCAGCAGCUCAGCUUAUCUGUCUGGAUGAACAGGAGCUGGGUUUAGAAUACUCUCAGAUUAUCUCUGUUUUCACAUUAAUAACUUGCAAUUAGGACUUGGUGGAUGUGACCACACAUUUUGAACAAGUUAUCCCUUUCCAGUCAGCUUAGAAGAGAAUUUUAGCUCUGGUUAGUGCUACAGUAUUACUCAAAAACAGAUGUCUGUUUUACAUUUGCACCUUUGCUUUUUCCACUUGUGCUUAUCUUGGGAUAACAUUCAAUAAGGACAUGCACACUUGUGAGUACACCGUGGUGGUGUCCCUGGUGAGCAUUUUCUGAAUGCCUGGUCCUCAGGCAAAAAAUGACACGGCCAAAACCAGUGUCAGUCAUGAUUUUAGCUGUGCAGGGUUCCCCUGGGGCAGAGGGGAUGGUAAAAGCAUUCUUAUGCUUUCAUGGGCAGCAGUCAAGGGCUCUGGUGUGUCUGGUGUCACAUGAUUGCAAACCUCGGCACUUUUCAAAGCUUGAUUCCUCUAGUACCUCUCAUCAAUGAAUCUGCUCUUCUCUAAUUACUGCUCAUGCCUCAAGCACUGUGGAGGGAUGAUCUGAUUGCAGGAACCACUGGGUCUGACUCCUGCUUUAGUUAGAAAGAAGAGCAUCAGAGGCUCAUUUUCUGUGCCACCUCGAGCUUCUUACUAUGGACAUAAAGUUAAUAAUUCAGUUAGGAAGGGAUACUUCCUUUCUUGCAGGACCAAUAAAAGAGAUUCAGACAUUAAGAACUGAUGGGAGUUUGGUGCAAAUGGGUUGCUCUGCAGUGAGCAGGUGGGUGCUGCUCUCUGUCCAGUGAGACUUGGGUUGGUGUGGAGGAGGAGCUGUCGCUGGGGGGGUGCUGUGAAUGUCUCCGAGGGCUGGGGUUGCAUCAUUGGCACAGAGCUUUAGCAAAUGUAGUGUCCCAGCAGCUGAGUCUUUACAGAAGGGCAAACAGAGGAGAGGGAAUACCAGUUUUACAUUUUAAUAGAGGGGGAAUAAAACACUUGGUCUGUGGUGGGGAGAGCUGCUGUGAUUUCAGGCAGUGCCAUUGCCUCAGCUCUUGUGGACUGUUGGGAAGAAAGGGUUGCCACUCACCCCCACACACAGCCAGCACUGAAGAGGGAAAAACUAACUUCUGAAGCCAACAUUUUAGUGAAGAAAAGGCCCUCUAAUGAGAGUAUGGAGCAAGCCCAGCUCUUGUUACUAUGCUGAUUGGGAGUGACAAGUAUAUCUCUGGAUAUUGGGGAAGUAGUUUAAAAUACGCCAUCGUUUUUAGCAUAAUAAGAUGCACUGCAGAUAUGUCACAUCCAUUUUAUUCUCCACAGCUGUUUACAAAAGGAAAAAAAAAAAACCAAAACCCUGAGAUUGGAGCAGCUGCAGUCACUCAGCUGUCAAUAUGGGACAAGGCUCUUUCUGCUCUUUUAUUUCCACUUCACUCUGUUCUGCUGCACAUAUUUGGCUGUACUGUGAAUUUGCAGAUCAUGAGAUUUUUUUCAAACUUCUUUUGAUCUAUACAGAAAGACUCACCCAGUUCUCAUUUGAAUGCAUUAAUACUUUGAGUAGGCAUUUUAAUUUUAUGUUUACUGGCUUGUUUCCCUUUGUAAUGUUAUCUAACUGACAAGUUUGUCGUGCUCUGCAUUACCUUUAGACUUUUGAAUCUAAAACAUUUCCUCUUUCCUGAAAGCUAUGAUAAUUUUUAGAGAUGCUACAAAGGCAUCUUCAUUUCCUCAGGAGAAAACCUGAAUUACCCUCAGCUUUGAUUACUAUCAAAUCAACAUUGAAGCACGUAAUUUCUUUUACAGCAUGAACAAAGUAUGCUUUAUACCAUCAACUAUAGUUUGAAUUGUAGUUUAAAAAUCUGCUUAAGCACUAACAGCAGCAUUUUGUUUGUGAUUUCCAUGCCAGGAAGUCACAGCAUUAAAGGAAUUUUCUGUGUUGGAGUUUUUCCCACAAUGGUCUGCUGUCUUUUCCCCAACAAUUGUGAAUUUAGCACAAUGUACAGAAUUUUAGCAAGAACCCUGAUUCCUAAACAUUUGGCCAGAAGAAUGAGGAGAGGAUGUGGUUUUUGUUGAUCAAGCACAACCACUUCAGUGGAAAAAAUGCACUACAGCUGGUCAGACAAUUGAUGUCAUUGGUGGGGUAGUGCUGUCUUUGGGGAGGGUAUAGGUGUUAGCAAAUCACCAAACUGUGAAUCUUUCACUGUCAGAAGCAUUUGGCUUGUCUCUUCUUUAUGUUCUCGUGGUCAAGUGUGGUACAGUGGGCUUGAGAAAGGGAUGUGUUUUGGAUUGACCAGGAUGAUGAAUGUAUGAUGCUUCAUGUUUAUUUGUAAUGUCCUUUUUAUACUUAGAAAUUGCUUACAUGUGUAUCUGUAUG